CGGACUGUUUGACGGAUCCGGUGAAGAGAUUUACCGACCGCAUAUACAGCACAUCUCAUGACAUCACUAUGGAAUAAAACAUUAAAUGUCACCGAACUCAUAGUACGAGCAUUUUAAUCUGGGCAUUAUUGUUUCGUUAGAGAGAAUUCUGCGUCUGACCUGCGCAGUUUUUACCUGCGAAUCCCGGAAAACAUGGACGGAUCACCGGGGACCGAAACCGAGAGAAACCGAAGAAGAAGAAGAAGAAGAAGAAGUGUUAUUUCACCCGUUCACUUGAUUACCAUCAUCAUAAUGAGCACGGAAGUGUUUUGCACUCAGGCUUCAUCACUUCAGUUCUCCAAAGAGCCCAAAUCUCAGGACGCAUUACACGGACGCAGUGCCAUUCUGCGCUGUGAGGUCGGUGACUCGGUGGAUGUGCGGUACUCGUGGAUGCAGGACGGCCGGAGCGUGGAGGACUCGGACCGGCGAUUUCAGGAGGGCAGUAACCUAAAGUUCAUGGCAGUGGACCGUCACUUUGACACAGGAAACUUCCAGUGCGUGGCCUCCAACAGUGCCACCGGAGAGAUGGUGACCUCCGCCAACGCCUCCUUCAACAUUAAAUGGCUGGAGAGGGGGCCGGUCACCAUGAAUGAACCCGCCUCAGAGGUGGAGUUAGAGGACGCUGAACGAAUCACACUGCAGUGUCACAUUGAUGGACAUCCACGACCUAGCAGUAAAUGGUUUAAAGAUGGUGUUCAACUGGGAGGAAAGGAUCGAAUCCUGACGCUGACUGACCUCAGACCAGAGGAUUCUGGGAUUUACCACUGCUGCGCUCGAAAUGCUGCCGGACAAGUGUGCAGUAACCAAAACAUCACGCUUAGUAUCAUCGAUAAGACUCUUCCUCGUGUGGUGGUGUCUCCAGAAGAUCAGGUGGUGUUGAGGAACGAGGAAGCCGUGUUUCACUGUCAGUUCAGAGCCAAACCGCCGCCGGUGCUCGAAUGGUUUCACGACACUGAACCUGUUGUCAACAAAUCACGGGUUAUAGUGUACAGUAACGGCACCCUGCACAUCACUCAGGUAAAGCAGCGCAGCACAGGUGUAUAUAAGUGUGUCGCUCAGUAUGGAGAAAACAAACAUGUGCAGGUGGAGGCUGAGCUCAGAAUCGCAGAGAUCGAUGACAUGGGCGAACGCAUGUCUCGGGUUUUCUCCGCUAACAGCAGGGAGAGGGUGACCUGUGACCCGCCCCGGGGUCAGCCGCUGCCGGAGGUGUGGUGGGAGCAUGCAGGUGAUCGCGUGUCAUCUGAGGGUCGUGUGUAUCAGCGGGACAGAGAUCUGAUCUUCAACCCUACCGAUAGAUCAGACUCUGGCGUUUACACGUGUGUCGCAUGGAAUAAAGCAGGACAGAAAGAACAGGAACUCAUCGUGACUGUCGCCACGUCUCCAGAAUGGAUCACAGAGCCUCAGGACACACACAUCGAGGAAGGUCACCCUGGAUACCUGCACUGUCACGCUCAGAGCACACCUGACCCACGGGUCACAUGGUUCCGCAGAAACAUCCCUAUCAGUGAUGAGGGUUCUCGUUAUAAGCUCUUCUCUAACGGGACUCUGCGGAUCAACAGUGCCGAGGUGAAUGACGCUCAGAUCUACAGCUGUGUGUGUGUGAGUGAAGGUGGCUCGCUCACCGGACAUGCUCGCGUUUAUAUACUGGAGAAGUUGAAGUUCACCCCCGUCCCGCAGCCGUCGCAGUGUUUACAGCUGGACAGAGAGAGCAGCGUCAACUGCAUCGCACAGGGACGAGAGACGCCCACAAUACACUGGAGCAGAACAGAUGGCAGUGCUCUCUCGUCUCAUGUGAGUCAGAUGAACAGUGUUCUGAGAUUCAGGACAGUCACUCGUGCUGAUGCAGGAAACUACACGUGUGUCGCAUUUAACAGCAUGCAGGGAGAGAUCAGAGCAUAUGUACAGCUCACUGUAGGAGUUCAUAUCAAGUUUAAGUUGGAGCCGGAGCAGACAACUGUGUAUCAGGGUCACACGGCGGUCUUUCACUGUCAGGCGUCAGGUGACCCGCCACCCUUCAUCCAGUGGAUGAUCAAAGACAAACUGCUCAGCAGCAGCACUGGCAGGUUUCAGAAGAUGCCCAAUGGCUCUCUGGUCAUUAGUGAUGUCACCACUGAUGACACGGGCAUGUACACCUGUAUUGCAGGUAACAGCUGUAACAUCAGAGACUCUACAGCACAACUGUAUGUCGUAGAGAAGCCCGUUCACCCGCGUGAUGGAGACGAGGAGAAGAGUCAGUUUAAGAUGUUCCAGACGAUCGCGCUGUCUGUGGCGGUCGCUGUCGCUUACAUCAUCGCUGUGCUGGGACUCAUGUUCUAUUGCAAACAGAGACGUAAAGCCAAACGCCUGCAGAAGAACCACGGCGGAGAAGAACCCGAGACGGAGUGUCUUAAUGGUGGCACUGUUCAGCACAACGGUCAAACAACAGCAGAGAUUCAGGAGGAAGUGGCUUUAACUAACCUGAUGACCACAGCAGACAAUGAGAAACACCAGAACUGCACUGAUAAACUGAACUUUCCCAGAGUGCACCUGCAGACAAUCACAACACUGGGUAAAGGUGUGUUCGGUGAGGUGUUUCUGGCUAAAGCGCGGUCUAUAGAGGAGGGUGAGGAGGAGACGGUGGUGGUGGUGAAGAGUUUACAGAGUCGAGAUGAAAGCGUCCAAUCAGAGUUCAGACGAGAGCUGGAGAUGUUCAGUAAAGUCCGUCACGCUCAUAUCGUACGACUGCUGGGACUCUGCAGAGAGACGCAACCACAUUACAUGAUUCUGGAAUAUGUGGAUCUGGGGGAUCUCAAACAGUUUCUCAGGAUAUCAAAGAGUAACGAUGAGAAAAUCAAACCUCAUCCAAUCAGCACCAAAACUAAAGUGUCUAUAUGUGCACAGGUGGCUGAUGGGAUGCAGCAUCUGUCAAAGCAGCGUUUUGUCCAUAAGGAUCUUGCGGCGAGGAACUGUCUCAUCAGCAGUCAGAGACACGUGAAAGUGUCGUCACUCAGUCUCAGUAAAGACGUUUAUAACAGUGAGUACUAUCACCACAGACAGGUGUGGAUUCCUCUCCGGUGGCUGCCAGCUGAGUCUGUGUUUGAGGAUGAUUUCUCCAGUAAGUCUGAUGUAUGGGCGUUUGGUGUGCUGAUGUGGGAAGUGUUCAGUGUUGGUGAGCUGCCGUACACAACACUCAAUGAUGAAGAUGUGCUGGAAGGUCUUCAGGCUGGUAAGUUGAGUUUGUCUCCUCCGGAGAACUGUCCUCCUCACAUCUUCAGUCUGAUGAGCCGCUGCUGGGCAUCCAGCCCGAAAGAACGCCCCACUUUCAGCGAGAUCGCCCAGACACUGUCCGAGUUACCCACAGACACCAAAGUCUAAACCAUCAAACUCUUACAAUCACAGACUCAUGGAGACUCAAAGCCAGACACGAGAAUCUGUGUUCAGACACUACAAUGUUCAUGACCGUGUGUGUGUGUGUGUGUGUGUGUGUGUGUGAGAGAGAGCAAGAGAGAGAGAGUGCACAUGCUCAGAUCCAGGGAGUUUCACCUGCCUUAAACACGGUGUGAUCAAAUAUGCUUCUGUCCCCAGAACAGUCUGUUUACUGUGUUGUUGUUGUUUGGCUGUGAACUUUACUUCCUGUCAGUGAAACCUCAGGGAGCUCUGGGUGUGAACUUUGACCUCUGCCAGCGCAGGACAAUCGCAGCUGUUUCAGGGGUACAAGCGCAGGUGUGUGUCGGCCAUGAGCGGUACUUUAAAUGCUGAAGUCUUGUUUCAAGGACUUGAACUUGCAUUGUGUACAGUUGUGCAGUCAUAUGUGUGUGUGUGUGUGUUUGCCGGUAACCUUUUAAUUUAGUAGGUGUGUAAGUACACACUAAACACUAUUUUUACAGGAGGAUGUAGUUCCACUGUGUCUGAACAGCAGGUGCAGGUUUGUCUGUACACACCAAAAAGCAAAAUGCUGCAUGACGCAGAGCCAAUCAGAAUCUGAUGUUUAAUAUACUGCAUGUGGAGCAGGAUUUUCAACCAAUGAGACUUCACUGUGGGUGGAGCUACUUUGGUUAGGACAAAACUCAUGGAAGAGAUCACUGUUACCGCUCGUUGUUGUACCGUGACAAUAAAAUUAGAGACUGACAUUCAAAGCUAGAAUUCAGUUAACAUUUAUGUAAAAUGAUGUGUUUGUGUGUGUGUGUUUGUGAGAUAUAAGAGAGAAUGGUAACACUUUAUUUUAAGGGUCCACAAUAGUGCACUAGUUAAGCAAGAAAAUGUAUUAAACGUCUGAUUUUUGUGUAGAAAGUAAUGCAAUUAAUGCUCAAUUUCUAAUGAACUGAAGACAUAAUAGGGCUGUUUUAGCAUGAAUAAUACAGUAGUUUAAAAUGAACUGAAUGUAAACAAAGGCUAUCUAAUUUAUGGGCUCUAUUUUAAGAGCGCCAGCGCUAAGCGCAGCGCAGUGUCAUAACUCAUACACGCAAAAUCAUUGGCAAUGGCCAGAAAGUUUCGGUAUUUCCGUGCAAUCCUGCGCUAAGUCAAGGCGCAAGUGGGUUUGGUGAAAUCGAACGUUAAUCAGGUCAAGUGCAAUUUAAUUCUGAGGUACUUCUCUGGUUAUUGAUCCAUCUGCGUCCUCUUAUAUAGUCCAUUCCCUCAAACACAAGCAAUAUAAACAAACACAGCACAUUCAUGGACUGUAUGCAAUGAAUUAAAAGAAUAAAAAUAUGGAUUUACA